GGAAGACAAAAUAAAGACGUAGAACCUUCAUCACCUUCAUAAACCCCGUGCGCCCGCGACCGCGCCUUCCCCUGGAAAUCCGGACGGCAAGAUGCCGGCGUCUUCUGGCUCUCGACCGCAGAGCUCCACCGCCGCCAGGAUCUCCGCUACCGCAGCCACCCUCUCAUCCGACAAUCAACACGUCAUUGCUGAGAUCCGCAAAGCCCUAUCCAUGAUGAGGAGCAUCGCGGUGGACCUCGAGAAGCAGGAGCAGUCCGACAAGGUUAAGGAAUUGGAAGCUGCCGUCUUGGAGCUUUUGGAUACGUACGAUGACUGUACCCAUUUCUCAGAGGCGAUCCAAACCAUUGGUAGCAACUACCAGCCAUCUGAGCAGCUGACUGAUUUCAACAAGUUAUUAGAGGAUGAGAUUGCUAAAAGCAAAGCAGUGUCUCCUUCUGUCCCACAAAACAAUCCAUUUUAUCGGCAAUUCAAGGAAGCCAUCUGGAAUGUUCAUCAUGCAGGUCAACCAAUGCCUGGUGAGGAGCAGGAAGACAUUAUUAUGACCAGUACCCAGAACAACCUACUAAAUAUCACAUGCCCAUUAACAGGAAAGCCUCUUACAGAAUUGCAAGAUCCAGUUCGCUGUAUGGACUGUAAACACAUUUAUGAGAAGGACCCCAUAAUGCACUACAUGAGAACAAAGAAGCCGCAUCCUCAAUGCCCAGUUGCAGGCUGCCCCAGAAUUCUCCAGUUAGGACGGGUUGUAUGUGACGCGUUGCUUCCUAUCGAAAUCGAUGAAAUGCGCUCAGUUAAAGGUGUAGCUGAUGCUACCGCUGUAGAGGAUUUCACUGAAGUCGAUGACGACUGAAGAAGCCACUGAAAGCGCAUGGCUAUGAAAUAGUGCAACAUGGUUUCAUGCAGCUCCAAGCUCUACACACUGUACGUUCUCUCUGUCUCUCUAUGUAGAAGACCUGUUUGCGAGAACUUGUGCAUGACUAACACCAAAACAACAAGAAGUCGUGUGCAGGACUGAGCUGCUUAUCGACCCAUCUGAUCUUUCUCAGUUCUGGUGGGCCAAUCAAUGGAACUUCCUGGCCAUACAAGAAGGCACCUUCUUGUAUGGUAAAGAUGGCAACUGAACAAGAGCCAGAUCGAUCUUCAAAUCGCUCAACUACAAACAGUAUGUUAAUUGGUGGUCUUUUAACUGCAGAAAACUUGAUUUAAAAUUGAUGUCAAAUUGGUUGGAUUCAAUGAAGCUCGGCUUCAGCAAACUCUAUAUUUUGAUUAAGUUG